UUUUCUUCCUCUCACUGAAAACGUGUGUGCGCGCGUGUGCCUCUUUAGCGAAACUUUUUAAGGAUGAUAUACCUUGGAUGUUUCCUGUUUCUCUUUUGGAUUACGCAUGUCAUGGCAAGUUAUCCUAUCUGGUGGUCUCUGGCAGUGGGCCACCAGUACUCGUCCCUGGGCACGCAGCCCAUCCUGUGUGGCAGCAUCCCCGGCCUGGUGCCCAAGCAGCUGCGCUUCUGCCGCAACUACGUGGAGAUCAUGCCCAGCGUGGCGGAGGGCGUGAAGAUCGGCAUCCAGGAGUGCCAGCACCAGUUCCGGGGACGCCGGUGGAACUGCACCACCAUCAAUGACAACCUGGCCAUCUUCGGGCCCGUGCUGGAUAAAGCAACCAGAGAGUCUGCCUUCGUGCAUGCCAUCGCUUCGGCCGGGGUUGCCUUUGCCGUGACACGCUCCUGUGCCGAAGGCUCGGCCACGAUCUGUGGCUGCGACACGCGACACAAGGGUCCGCCGGGCGAGGGAUGGAAGUGGGGAGGCUGCAGCGAGGACGUCGAGUUUGGCAGCAUGGUCUCACGGGAGUUUGCCGACGCGAGAGAGAACCGACCAGACGCCCGCUCCGCCAUGAACCGACACAACAACGAAGCCGGACGGGUGUCCAUCACCGACCACAUGUACCUGAAGUGCAAGUGCCACGGCCUGUCUGGCAGCUGCGAGGUGAAGACAUGCUGGUGGUCGCAGCCUGACUUCCGGGUCAUCGGCGACUACAUGAAAGACAAGUACGACAGCGCCUCGGAGAUGGUGGUGGAGAAGCACCGGGAGUCUCGGGGCUGGGUGGAGACGCUGCGGCCCAAGUACACCUUCUUCAAGCCCCCGUCGGACCGGGACCUGGUCUACUACGAGAACUCGCCCAACUUCUGCGAGCCCAACCCGGAGACGGGCUCGUUCGGGACGCGGGACCGCGUCUGCAAUCUGACCUCCCACGGCAUCGACGGGUGCGACCUGCUGUGCUGCGGUCGAGGCCACAACACCCGGACAGAGAAGCGCAAGGAGAAGUGCCACUGCAUCUUCCACUGGUGCUGCUACGUCAGCUGCCAGGAGUGUGUGCGCGUGUACGACGUGCACACCUGCAAGUAG